AUGCGCAAAGUUUCUAAAACUCCCAUAAAAACAGUUUGCAAUAAUGUUGAUCUUAACGAACAUAAUGGAAUAACCAAAUCUGGUUAUUUAAAUAUUGGAAUAAAAAAAUCAGACUCAUCUUUAUCUUUUAUAUUUUACGGAGCCGAAGGAAUACCUGAAUAACAAUUAAAACAUAUUCCCACUAUAAUAUGGCUCAACGGAGGUCCCGGAUGUUCUUCAUAAUUCGGUAACUUUUAUGAAUUAGGGCCUCUUUAUGUGAAUAAAACCGAAUCUGGCAAGCUUUACUUUACUUAAAAUAAAAGCGGAUGGACCAAAAAAUACAACGUAAUAUUCGUUGAUUAACCUAUAGGAACUGGAAUUUCUCAUUUAGCCAAAAACAAUGAUAUUCCUAUAAACUAAGUACAAUUAGCGACUCAAUUUUACAACGCAUUGCUUGAAUUAUACGGAAAAAACGGAUGUUUUGGACAAUUGGGUUUAAACGGAAAAGAUACUCCUUUAUUCAUCCUAGGAGAAUCUUAUGCAGGAAUCGGUAUUGGUGAUGGAUUUACUUCUCCUUAUCACACUAUUUCUUCAAUAACUGAUUAUGCCUUUGAUAAUGGAAUAACAAACUCAACUUUAUACCAAAAAGCUAAAAAAAUUGAAUUAUAGGGAUAAUAAGCUAUUAAUAAUUCAGAUUGGGUAAAUGCUGUUAAUGCUUUUAACGACAUACUACUUAUUAAUAAUCCUAAUAAUAUUGAUUAGUAUAAUAUUUAAAGAAAAUAAGAACCUGAUUAUACUGCUUUAGAUGAUCUUUUAAAUUCAUAAUACGGAAAAAGCUUGUUUAAAUUAAAACUAAAUAAAAAAUAUGAAUAAUGUGAUAAUGAAGUCUAUUAAAAAUUCUUGAUAGACUUAAUGUAAGGCGAAUGUAUACAUAAAGUUGAAUAUUUGUUAGAUUAAGGAAUACAUGUUAGUGUUUUUAAUGGAAAUUUGGACUUUAUUGUCCCUUAUUAUUCUUCUGAAAAAUGGGUUAGUUAAUUAUAAUGGAAAUAUUCUGAUGAAUUUAAUAAUUCUUUCUUUAAAGAAUGGAAAGGAAAUAAUAAUUAAGUUUAUGGAGUACUCAAAAAAUAUUAAAACUUGUAAUAUUUCUAAGUUUUUGAAUCAGGACAUAUGGUUUCUCAAGAUUAACCUGAGGCUGCUUUAGAAAUGGUAACUAAAAUUGUUGAAGAAGCUUUAAAAUAAGAAGUAUAUGCUUAAUUUUGA